UCGGCGUGGUAGUGCUGCCCAGGAUUUUCAUAAGGAGCCAGUUCGAAUGCGCUGCGCCGACUAGUCGUCGCUGAAUCGUCUCUCUCGCCCGUCUCUCGCUUCGUUCACUCUCUCGUCGUUCGACCUUGUUGUCUUCGUUUUGCCCGUCGCCCGUCGCCCGUGUUGUUGUAUUUCAAUCGCGGCUCGUCAGUGGCAAGGAUUAACAGUUUUUUUAUUUUCAUUUGGCCGUGCGGCGGUUCGCAGGACUGCCGGCCUUCCCUUCCAUUCGUCUCUCUCAAACACUCGAGGCGUCGUUCUCUCUCUAUUAUCUUGUGCCGUCGUCGGGUUGUUGGCCGGCUCGUUAUUUUAUCGCGCCGCCUUGCGUGAAUGGUCAAGUGCUGCUUUGUGGUUUACUACACUCGUCUAUUAGACGGCUCCUCACGGCGGCAGUUCACCUACCUUGCUUCGCUCGCUAAGGAUCAUCAUCCGCUCCCGGGUGUACAUAAUUCGGCCGCGCCACUUGCCCAUCAAUCCGGACGGAAUAAUGCGCACUGUCGUCGUCGCUGCCAUCACAUAGAGCACCGCCACCAACCGUCAGCCAUGAAAUCCCUACAGCCGUUUACCACCGUCUUAUUCGUCAUCGUCUGCUGGAUCGUGUCAUCCGCCGCAUCCAGUCAUGAAAGCGACAAAGGAGACAAACUCACAGCCGGAGCGUCCAGCGAGCAGUUCAACGUGGCGGCGCCGCCCAGUGCGCUGCGAUUGACGGGCGAGGAUUAUUCAUCGCCACAACAACAGCAACAACAACAACAACAACAACAACAGCACGUCGAUGAAGCAAGUCAGAGCAGUUUCAGCGACGCAGCGGCCCUUAAUUUAGCAGAACGGUCGCCUCGCUUCGAAGAUCCAUCCGGUCACGCCAACGUCACUGUCCAGCUGGGUGACACGGCCUUCCUCAACUGCAGAGUCUUGGAUCUCCAGGAUAAGACGCAGGUGUCGUGGGUGCGCCGUCACGAGCAGGAGCUCCACCUGCUCACCGUCGGCAUGCAGACGUACAGCACCGACUCGCGAUUUUCGCUCCAUUUCCAACAUCCCAACGAUUGGCGGCUGCAAAUCAAAUUCGCCCGGCCACGCGACGAAGGCAUUUACGAGUGCCAAGUCUCUAUCCAUCCGCCCCGCAUCUACACCGUCCGGCUCAUCGUCGCAGUGCCGAGCGUGGAGAUGGUGGACGACCACGGGCGGGUGAUCGAGGAGAAGAUCUACAAGACUGGCAGCACGAUUGAGCUCAAGUGCGUCGUCAGUAAAGUUCCCGGUCCCACUGCCAACAUUAUGUGGCGUCACGGUCUCAGAAUACUCAACUACGACACUUCGCGCGGCGGCAUCAGCGUGAAAACGGACCUGUUGCCGUACGGGGCCGUCAGCCGUUUGUACAUCGCCAACGCCAGUCAACGGGACGCCGGCAAUUACACUUGCAACAUCUCUGAAUCGUCGUGGACGACUGUUGUUGUCCACAUCCUGAAUGGCGAACAUCCAGCAGCGAUGCAGCACGGCCAGUCGUCGUCGUCGGAGAGGAGACCCUUGGUCAUAUCGAUGCUCGUCGUCGUCAUGGCCUCCUGGUUCUUCAUGUGGAAAUGUUCGUUCAGUCGGUAACCGACCGAAGAGCGUCCGACAGAAUGUCCAUCCCGGCACGAAACAACAGACGAAAAUGAAACGGAGAAGAAAACAACAAACAACAAACAAAACUAAAAACGACCGAGAGACGACCGCACACGCCCAGUGCCAAGAGAAAGGCAUUCGAGCGCUCAAAACAGCAAAAUGGCUUAGAUAAUUUAUUCACGCUUGGAGGCAGUCGGCGAGUCGGCCGGACUCGUUAUUGGCUGCUUCUUCGCGAGCGAUUGGGUCUGGAUGGAAAAACAAAUGUGGCAGGUUCCGGCAAGUUGUUACGUUCUAUCGGACAAGAUAUUACCAUUUACCAAGUCUGAGAAGGAAAUGUGCAAUAUGAUGGCUAAAGCUCACACGACUGAAGUCAUCAAAUCGCCAACAUCUCCUCCAUCACCUCCUCCUGCUCCACUCGUUGAGAGCAGAGCGGAUGGUGUUGACCCUUAUCAGCCGUGGCAGAUGACGGAACGUGAGCGGGAGAUUUGCACCAAAUAUGUCCAUUUGAUCCAGGGGAAACGGAUUCGAAAGGAUCCAUCCUUGCUCUCGCUGACUCCUCUCG